AACUGCGGUGGUUUCUGUGGGUGGCAGCCAUUCAAGCAAUUGAACUGUGCAACUUAAAAAAAUUAAACCACUAAUACAUUUAUAAAAAGAAGUGUCGGAGGUUCCUUAAAAAGGUUGCAUCGCAUCUAGUCCAUAUUCUCACAUACAAGAUGUUGAGCUCCAGCAUUCUAUCCGGCGUAAAGACCUCCGUGCGCACCGCUGUAUGCAGUCGCAACAUCGGUAUCUUGGCUCCUUGCUUGCAAAAAGCCAGUGACCCAAUCCAACAAUUGUUUGUCGACAAAAUCAGGGAGUACAAAUCAAAGAGCAGUGGUGGCAAAUUAGUUGAUCCAACACCAGAGUUAGAAAAGGAAUUAAAGAAAGAGUUGGAGAAGGUUGCAAAGCAAUAUGGGGGAGCCUCCGGAGAGGAUAUGACCAAGUUUCCAUCCUUCAAAUUCCAAGAACCCACCAUUGAUCCCAUCAACUUGGAGAAGUAGAUUCAAUAUUAAUUUUACUGUUAUAUAAUACAUAGUUACAGAAUUUCAUUUAGUUUUUGUUUAUGUCCAAUUUCUUUGUACAGUAAAUUAAUUAAACACAC